AUGGCUGAACAGACUGAGACCUUUGCUUUCAGUGCUGAUAUUACGCAGUUGAUGUCUCUGAUCAUCAACACGUUCUACAAGAACAAGGAUAUUUUCCUUCGUGAGCUGAUCUCAAAUGCUUCCGAUGCGCUGGAUAAGAUUCGUUAUGAGAGUUUGACUGACCCCUCAAAGCUCGAGUCGAACCCCGAGUUGGUGAUCGAGAUUACUGCUGAUAAGACAAACAAAACGCUGACGAUUCGUGAUACCGGUAUUGGUAUGACAAAGGCUGACUUGAUCAACAACCUGGGUACCAUUGCUCGCUCUGGAACGAAGGCGUUCAUGGAGGCUCUUCAGGCGGGAACGAGCGAUGUUUCGAUGAUUGGUCAGUUCGGUGUGGGUUUCUACUCCGCUUACCUGGUGGCUGACCGCGUGGAGGUGAUCUCCAAGAGCAACGACGACGAGCAGUACGUGUGGGAGUCGUCUGCGGGUGGUUCGUUCACGAUUCGUCCCUCGACGGACGAGCCUCUGGGCCGUGGAACGAAGAUCAUUCUGCACAUCAAGAGCGACCAGGAGGACGUGCUGGAGGAGCGCACGAUCCGCGAUCUGGUGAAGAAGCACUCUGAGUUCAUCGGUUUCCCGAUCCGUCUGUGGGUGGAGAAGACGACGGAGGAGGAAGUGCCUGAUGAUGAUGAGGAGGAGGAGAAGAAGGAAGAAAAGAAGGAGGGCGAGGAAGGAGAAGAGGAGGAGGAGGAUGCCCCGAAGGUGGAGGAAGUGACGGAAGAGGAAGCGACCAAGGAGAAGAAGACGAAGAAGGUGAAGAAGAAGCCGAUUUGGAUGCGUCCGAAGGACGAGGUGACGGAGGAGGAGUACAACGCCUUCUACAAGAACAUCUCGAACGACUGGGACGAUCCGCUGGCGCACGAGCACUUCGCGGUGGAGGGUCAGCUGGAGUUCCGCUCGAUCCUGUUCGUGCCGAAGCGCGCGCCGUUCGACAUGUUCGAGACGAAGAAGAAGCCGAACAACAUCAAGCUGUACGUGCGCCGUGUGUUCAUUAUGGACGACUGCGAGGAUCUGAUGCCCGACUACCUGAACUUCAUUCGCGGCGUGGUGGACUCGGACGAUCUGCCGCUGAACAUCUCGCGUGAGGUGCUGCAGCAGAACAAGAUCCUGCACGUGAUCAAGAAGAACCUGGUGAAGCGUUGCCUGCAGAUGUUCGAGACGAUCGCGGAGGACAAGGAGAAGUUCAAGACGUUCUACGAGCAGUUCAGCAAGAGCAUCAAGUACGGCAUCCACGAGGACAGCGCGAACCGCGAGCGUCUGGCGAAGCUGCUGCGCUUCCACAGCUCGAAGUCGGGCGACGACGUGGUGAGUCUGGAGGAGUACGUGGAGCACAUGAAGGAGAACCAGCCGGGCAUCUACUACAUCACGGGCGAGAGCCUGGAGGCGGUGCGGAACGCGCCGUUCCUGGAGAAGCUGAAGAAGAAGGGCUACGAAGUGCUGUACAUGGUGGACGCGAUCGAUGAGUACGCGAUGCAGCAGCUGCGCGAGUUCAAGGAGAAGAAGAUGAUCUGCGUGACGAAGGAGAACUUGAACUUGGAGGACGACGAAGAGGAGAAGAAGAAGCUGGAGGAGGAGAAGAAGACCUUCGACGAGCUGUGCGUGCUGAUCAAGGAGGUGCUGGGCGACCACGUGGAGAAGGUGCUGGUGUCCAACCGUCUGGCCGACUCGCCGUGCUGCCUGGUGACCAGCGAGUACGGCUGGUCCGCCUCGAUGGAGCGAAUCAUGCGCGCGCAGGCGCUGCGGAACGACGCGUUCGGCAUGAUGUCGGCGAAGAAGAUCAUGGAGAUCAACCCCGAUAACUCCAUCAUCAAGGUGCUCUCCGAGAAGGUCAAGGCCAACCGCAACGACGCCACCGUCAAGGAUCUGGUGUGGCUGCUCUACGACACCGCGCUGCUCACCUCCGGAUUCUCGCUCGAGCAGCCCAUGGCCUUCGCCAACCGCAUCCACAAGCUCAUCCAGCUCGGACUCAGCGGAGAGGACGAGGACGUGCCCGCUCUGGAGGAAACCAACACGGAGGCCGCGCAGGAAGCCGCCGAGGAGGAAGAGGGAGAGAUGGAGGAGGUCGAUUAAGCGAAAGAGAAAGAAAAAGAAAGGAAUAAUAGUCGUCGCGAUUGUGUGGAUUUUGUAAUAGUAGUUGCAUUGGUU